CGCGCGCGCACCACAUACACACGCACACAAGCACACGCACUGACACCUUCGAGCUGUCAAUGUACGGUGCUUUGUUCGCUGGUAGGCAAGAAUCGCCCUUUCAUUAUCGCUUCACCGUAGAAGUCAGUCGUAAUGGCGACCGUAUCAGCAGGAAAAAAGGGUAAAAAGGUGAAAAAAAACAACAAGCUGUCCCUGGGUGAGUUUCUUACCGAUGGGAACACGGCGGUGCCGAACCAGGUGCAGGUGGCGGUGCCAGUGAAGCUCGACUGGGGCGAUGACGUGGACGACGACGAUGACUUCCGGGCGGUGCGCACGCAGGUGAUCGCGCUGCCGACGGCGCCGCGCGCCAGCCGCAUCCUGAACGACGACUCGAUACCCACCAGCCCGCCGUUCUCGGUCUACGUCUCCAACCUGCCGUACGACAUCAACGAGAACGAUCUGUACGACAUCUUCGAGAACGUGGAGAUCGUGUCGAUGACGUUGCCGCGCGACGACAGCGAAACCUGGCGGCUGCGCGGCUUCGGCUACAUCGAGUUCGCGACGCGCAACGACCUGAUGGAGGUGCUGGCGAUGCCGGAACCGAUGGCGCGCAACCGGCGCAUCCGCAUCGGCCUGUACAACGAGAGCGACAACAAGCGGCGAAACAAUCGGUACGACAACUUCACGUCCGGCGACAGCGACCGCCCGUCGUCCGGCGGGAACUGGCGCGACCGGCCCGACUCCGGGGCAUCGCGCCCGAUGGGCGACCGGGACGGUGGGGGCAUGCGCCGCCCGUACAGCAGUGGCGGGGGCGGCGGUGGCUACGGGCGCGACCGGGACCGGGACGAUCGGGAGCGGCCGGCCGGCGACGGCGGCGGCAACUGGCGGCUGGGCGAGCGGCCGGCGCCCCAGUCGCCGCGGGCCCCCCGCAGCUACGAUCGUGACCGCGAGGGCGGUGGUCGGGACGGCGGCGACCGUGGCAACGUGUUUCGCCGGGGGCCGGACAGUGGUCGCGGCCCGAUCGGUGGUGGCGGCGGCGGCGGCGGCGGUAUCAUGAGACGCGAUCCGGAAGUGCCGAUGGAGCGGCCGAAGCUGGUGCUGCAGCCGCGCACCCUACCCCUGCCGGAGCUGCCGAAGCCGGCGGUCGAGUCGGACGAUGAGUCGGAGCGGGGCGGGCGCGGGGGCGACGAGCAGCCGGCGGAGGCGGCGGAACCGCCGAAGCCGCGCCCGACCCCCGUCCCGGCGGCGAAGGUGUUCGGCGACGCGAAACCGGUCGACACGGCGGCCCGCGAGCGCGAGAUCGAGGAGCGGUUACGGCAGCAGGAGGAGGAGCUGCGCCGCAAGCGGGAGGCCGAGGCGGCCGAGGAGCGCAGCAAGCGGGAAGCCGAAAAGGAGAACCUCCCGGAGGGGGGCGGCGAGCAGCAGCAGCCGGCCGCAAAGGAUGGCCAGGGUGCGGCGGCGGUGGAGGGCGAGAAGCCGGCGGCCCGGGGUACCAGCGCUACCCGCGACCAGCAGCUGCAGCCGAUUGCCAACUGGCGGGUGCGCAGUGCCGCCAGCGAGGAGGAGAAAGGUAAACCGAAGGCGGGGGAGGAGGACCGCAUCCAGUCGCCCGCCCGGAAGCUGGGCCCGAGCGGAAAGUUUAACAGUAACAGACGCACCGCGGACGAUCGCCGAACGGACAAUCGAGAUCAUCGGGAUAACCGUGGCAUGAAUCGCCCAUCUUACAACGGAACUGGCUACAAUCGUAGGAUUUUGUACUGCCUUUAACUUUAACCGUUGAAACCAUUGUAACAUCUGGGUAUUGUCACUCACUUUUCAACCAUUGUAACACUCAUGUAAUUUUCCCGUGUCAUUUUGUAGGACAUGUGAUGUAAAAGUAAUUUGUGCACGUCGUAAUUAACAAAAAAAAACAGAAAACACAAAAAAAAUACAAAAACCUAAAAAGAUAAUUAAAAAAAAAACAACAAAAUACAAAAAAAACAUAAAAACACAAAAAAAAACAAAAAAAAACACAAAACAGCCAAAAAACACAUUUAACAUGCCGCUCAAAGUACGAGAAUUUCUGGCGGUUACUUCAAUGUAAAUGCGUUUUUUUGUUGCUGUUUUUCUUGGCUCUAGACGAUUUUACGCCAACAUCAUCAUAAAUCGCACGAAAAAAAAAAACAUUUAAAAAUCAUACCGCCUUAUAUAUUAACACUUCGCAGUACUUCCCGUACUCAGAUUGAGCGUUAGGUAGUGUUAGGCUUUUUGCGGCUCUUUCAUAUGAGGAAACGUAGACAAUUCCAGCAAAUGCGGUAACGAACUCUCUUUCAUCUUUGGUUUUUCAACCUACAACCUUAUAAAAUAUUCUUCAUGUAAAGCACACGCAAACAAACUCCUCGUUAAGAACCUCAGGACACGAAUUUGCUUAAAGCGCCGGCGGCGGUACACCCAUCAUUCGUAGAGUCGUGUAAUCCAUCCAACGCGAGAACAAACGCGGGAUUGUGUUGCGGGAACCAACGCAUCUUCAAUCAACAACACCGUGUGCGAAAGAACUUGUGGCACCAGUAGAUUGGACCUGCGCUGGCAGCAAACGCAUCUAUCCACCGAAACACACCGAAGUUUCCUCCUGCCGCAAGUGAAAACCGAACCCACAUCCACCCAAAGCUCAAUCUUCAAUCAACCGACGGCGCGAGCAGUUACACACUCUUACGAAUGCAUGGCGUCGUUCCCGGUUUUUUUUUUCUCGGGAGAAUGAUUCCAUUUUUUUUCUUUUGUGAAUUCAAAUUGCGUGGAAAUUAACUGAACUGAAAAUUUGUCCCCAUAAAGAAGGGUUUUUGCGUCACAACAAAAUAAACACAGAACUAUGCUGAG